AUGCAUUACCAAAUACCUGAAUUGAAAAUGGUUUGGCUGGGGACUUUUGAUUCAGCUGAAGAUGCAACUCGAGCCUACGACGCCGCUGCUCUUUCGCUUCGGGGACCCAAGGCCGAGAUCAACUUUCCAUUAACCACUCCUUCAAAUCCUUACUAUCCAUUUCAUAAAAACCCUAACGAUCGCUUUGUGAAUCAGUGUGGGCCUCAGCGGCGUAAGACAGCUGAUUUGCCGUCGCGGAAACACCCUUGGUUGCCACCAGUGUUGCCGGAUGAAAGAAGGGGUGGAAUGGCAUGGGGCUCAGUAGAGAAGAGUUGA